AUGAAUUCCAAAGAUUCAGAUCUUAGUUCCAUCUCCACGCAAUCAGAAGGAAUUGAAGAUGAGAUGAAAGCAGCUGCACAAGAUAUUGUCAGUUUUUCUUGUCAAGGCCUUUCUCUGCCUACAGAAGCCAUCCAUCUCAUCAGGACACUGGUGAAGCAGUAUAGGAAAAGGAAGAAGGAUUUGCACAUGGUGCCUUAUUGUUUGCUUUUUGCUGAUGAUGUAGUCCUGAUUGAUGAGACUCGUAGUGGAGUUAAUGUUAAGUUGGAGGAGAAUGGAGAGAUUGACGAUGAUGUCACUCAUCGGAUUGGGGUAGGGUGGAUGAAAUGGAGGCUCGCCUCCGGUAUCUUGUGCAACAAAAAGGUACCUCCCAAACUUAAAGGCAAGUUCUACAGAGUGGUGGUUAGACCGGCUUUGCUAUAUGGGGUAGAAUGUUGGUAUGUUAGGAAGACCCACAUUCAGAAAAUGAAGGUGACGGAGAUGAGAAUGCUUCAACAGAUGUAUGGGUGUACUAGAAAAGAUAGGAUUAGAAAUGAGGUUAUUCGAGAUAAGGUGGAAGUCGCUUCGGUGGAAGCCAAGAUGAGGGAGGCAAGGUUGAGAUGA